AGCUGCUACAACGGAUCCUUUCCACAUCGACGCUACUGUUAACGUCACGCCUGUGAGCCGCGCUCGCCUUCCCCUGUCUUGCUCUCUCCCCGGUCAGACGCCGCAUCGGAGAGAGGAGGCACUGAUCACCACACCAGGAGAGGCGGGGGGGUUCAAGAAAGAAGAAGAAGAAGAAAAAAAAAAAAGAGGACUGGAAAGCAAGCAAGACGACAGAGAGGAAAGAAACUGCGCACCACCCCUCCUCUCCCUCUUUAACCCCCCCCACCACCACAAUCAACCCAGCUACAACACCACCACCACUCCUCUCCUUCUUUCACCCCCCCCCACCCUCUCUGAAGAAAUUGACUGAUUAUUGGGAAGUGCGCGGGAGGCAGGCUGCAGCUGCUGCUGUGUGCGCUUCACAGGGAUGGUGAGCGCGAGUCGGUGAUUUGCCGCACGGUGGGUCGCAGUGUGCGCCGGGCUCGAGGGGGGGGACGACGAGGUUAGGGACGGACGACACAUAGCAAAAAAAAAAAAAAAGUCUGGAGCUGCCGAUUCUUUGCAACCACUACCACCCCCCCCUACUGCUGCAGGAAAAGACAAGAAAAGCGGAAGGGAGGAAAAAAAAAAAACCCUGGGAGAAGAGGACACGACGCCACAUUGAGAAGGAGACAUCUGACCAAGCUGUCAAAUGAUUGACCACUGAAAAGUGGACACAGGAAUACAAAGACAAGGAGGAGGGGGGGGCUCUUUUUUUUUUUUAACCCCCCUGGAUUGUCACACUCUUCUUUGGAAGCGGCGCAAACAACAAAAGGCAAAGAAGACCGGGAAAAAGGACGUCCAAAAAUCCCAAAAAAAAAGACAAAGCGAGCACACGUGUUGGUUGUGUGCUGCUAUGGAAACCCGGAUACGGUGUCUAUCCGGGGGAUCAACUGUCGGAUUCCAAGGACAAGCGAGAGGAGCCGACUGCGAGACGGCAGCAUCGGAGCGCCGCUUCCCCGGGAGCCUGAGUGGAUUCCUACGUCCGAGCUUUUUUUCUUCUUGUUGAUCAAGAGACAAACACUCGUCGUACACGGGCGGCCUACGACUCUUUCCGAUUGGAUGUAUGGAUUUACAAAAAAAAAAAAGGGCUCACAUUGGUUUAGCUCUCUUUUUCCAAAAGGGCACUUAUUAAAAAGGCAUUCUUUGCCGCUCGUGGGAUAUACGUCGGCUUUUGUGGUUGCAAAAAAAAAAAAAAAAGGAGAGAAGCUUUAGAUCUCCUGUAUUGUUAACUUGAGGUAGGUGUCGAGUGUUUCAACCUCUCUCUGCAAGCCUACCUGCUCUGCUUGUGUCUCGUGAUGACGGCUUUUGGUUGCUUAAUUUACCACCAUGUCCUUCUCAUACACAUUUCAGAGGAGCCGGCCCCCCCGACUCGGCCCCCGUCUCCCCUGAGCACGUAAACUGUUAACUAAAGGAGUCACAUUAUGUCGUCUUUGCGUCUUCAGUUUCUUUAACCUUUUUAACUCCUGUCCUUGUGACACUAAAGCCAGUCGAGCAUCUAAUCUCCCUGCCCCCCCCCCCCCCCCCCCUACACACCACCCCGACACACACCCCCAUCCGGCCCCCCAGAUGAUGCUGAAUUAUGAAUGUGCCACAUCAUGAGUCUCCUGGGGAGGGUAGCUGUGCAUCGUGCCAGGAAAGCCGCCCUACUCUGUGUAGUGUUCUUCAUGGCACGAGCAUGGAGCAGCGCCUCCCUGGCCUUGGGGGCGGCGGUCUCUCAAGGACCCCAGGGCUGCCCCCCUCAGUGCUCUUGCAGUAGUCAGCAGGGGAAGGUGGUGUGCACGCGGCGGGGCCUGACUCGCGUGCCCCCGGGCAUCCCGGCCAACACGCGCCACCUCAAUCUGAUGGAAAACGCCAUCGAGGCGGUGCAGGCGGACUCGUUCCGCCACCUGCACCACCUCGAGGUGCUCCAGCUCGGGCGCAACGCCAUUCGGCAGAUUGAGGUGGGCGCGUUUAACGGACUUACCAGCCUCAAUACUCUGGAGCUGUUUGACAACCGUCUGACGGUGGUACCCAGUGGGGCCUUCGAGUACCUGUCUAAGCUAAGAGAACUAUGGCUGAGGAACAACCCCAUUGAGAGCAUUCCCUCCUACGCCUUCAACAGAGUGCCCUCCCUGAUGCGACUAGACCUUGGAGAGUUGCGGAAACUGGAGUACAUCUCAGAAGGAGCCUUUGAAGGCCUACAAAAUCUCAAGUACCUCAACUUGGGUAUGUGCAAAAUAAGGGGGGACAUGCCAAACCUGAGUCCCCUCAAGGGCCUGGAGGAGCUGGAGAUCUCGGAAAAUCACUUCCCCGUGAUAAAGCCCAGCUCCUUUAAAGGUCUGAACUCACUGAAAAAGCUAUGGGUGAUGAACUCGCAGAUAACCGUGAUCGAACGCAAUGCCUUUGAUGACUUGUCGUCAUUGGUGGAGCUCAAUCUGGCCCACAACAACCUGAGCGCCGUGCCACAUGACCUGUUCUCCCCGCUCAAGUACCUUGUGGAGCUCCACCUCCACCACAACCCUUGGAACUGCGGCUGCGACUCUGUGUGGUUAGCCCGCUGGCUAAGGGAGUACAUCCCCACCAACUCCACUUGCUGUGGACGCUGCCACUCACCUGCCAACAUGAGAGGUCGGCAGCUGGUUGAGGUGGACCGAGGCGAGGGCGCCGCGACCCAGUGUUCCGCCCCGUUCAUCGCCGACGCUCCGAGAGACUUUAACAUCUCGGCGGGGAGAGUCACGGAGCUUCGGUGUCGCACGGCUCAGAUGUCAUCAGUACGUUGGCUACUACCGAACGGGACCGUCUUGACCCACGCCACCGGUCACCUGAGGAUAUCGGUACUCAACGACGGCACCCUGAAUUUCUCGAAUGUUCUGGCUGCUGAUACGGGCACUUACACCUGCAUGGUAUCCAACGCAGCCGGCAACUCCAACGCUUCGGCCUACCUCAACGUGAGCGCCGCCGAGCUCAACACGUCCAACUUGAGCUACUUCACGACCGUGACGGUGGAGGUCUUGGGGCCGACGAAAGAGAUGCCCAAGCCGAAAACCACCACAACCACAUCUGCAGCCACCGGAGUGGCCGGCGUCGCUGGAGGAGGCCUGGGUCUUGGAUCCACCACCACAACCGCCUCACCUUCAGUCUUUCAGCCGGUGUUCAUCUCCACGCCGACCGUGUUGCUGCAAAGCACCGACAGCCCGCCGGGCGCUGCAAAGCCGUCUGCAGUUCCAGGACUCAAAGGAGCCACUGGCAAGCCUGGCAAGUCCGGCCCAAGUCUGGAUGAGGUCAUGAAAACCACAAAGAUCAUAAUAGGCUGCUUUGUGGCCGUGACGCUAAUGGCUGCCGUCAUGCUCAUCGCUUUCUACAAGCUGAGGAAGCGCCACCAGCAGAGGAGCACAGUGGCGGCUGCUCGCACGGUGGAGAUCAUCCAAGUGGACGAGGAGGACCUGCCACCACCAGCGUCGGCGGCUCAAGAAACCGCGCUCACCUUGCCUGAAAUUCGAGACCACAACAGCAUCCAUAAACUGGACUUUCUCAGCCACAAGGCCGACUACAGCUUUCACAAACCCAAGGCCGAAUACAAACCUCAGCCUGAUUUCACCUUCCACAAACCCAAAGCCGAGUACACGACGUACAAGCCCAACAUGGACUUCCACAGCGGUCACACUCAUAAAUCUACGCCGGACUUUAGCCUACACAGGCCUAAGCUCGACUACAGUCCCUUCAGGCAGGACUUUAACACUCACAAACCGAAAGCGGAAUACAGUCCGUUCAAAGCAGACUUUGGGACUCAUCCAAAAAGCAGGACAGAGUACAGUCCUUUCAAAGAAGACUACAGCACUCAUCCGCGGCAAAAAACAGACUUCAGCCCCUUCAAGAGAGAUUAUAAUACCCAACCCAAGUCCAAACACGAGUACAGUCCGUUAAGAUCAGACUACAACACUCAGCAGAAACAGAAAGUGGAGUACAGUCCAUUCAAGCAUGACUUUGGAACUCAUCCGAGGUCGAAACCGGAUUACAGCCCAUUCAAGCCUGGCUACAGUACUCAACCCAGACCCAAACCGGACUACAGUGUCCAGAAAAGCAAGCCCGAUGGCAACUACAGACCCAAGGACCCCUACGCCCCCCAUAAAUCUGCAAACGACUACAGCGCUUUCAAGACGGACUUCAGCCCACAGAAAGCAGAUUUCAGCGCCUUUAAAUCGGAUUUCAGUCCCCGCGGCCAGAGACCCAGAACGGAUUACAGUCCGCACAAGGUGGACUACAGUCCCCACAGGAUGGACUUCAGCACCCUGAAGCCCAAAUACAACACCUACAAACCAACGGGCCACGGGGCCAAAUGGACCGAGAACAAUGUCGGGAAUUCUUUGCCUCGAACCUUGCCUAGCACCAUCACGGCCAUGGCUGAGCCUUUUGUCAUAAAAACUCACACCAAGGAGAAAGUACAGGAGACUCAGAUUUAAACGGCUUCGACCGCCCCACCCCCUUUCCCCCUGAAACCCAUUGCCAUUGCCCCCAGUCCGCACCCCGACCCUCUUGAAUCACGCAAUAGAAUGCACAAUGAAAACAAAGAGAGGUGACUAUUUUGUACAGAGAGCAGAGACUAAUGUUGUACAUGCUUAUAAAUAUACAUAUAUAUAUAUAUACAUAUAUAUAUGUAUAUAUAUACUGUAUAUAUGGACACAAACUACCAUGGGCUGGUGACAGAGAAACAUAUAUUAAAAAGAAAAUGAAACUAUUUUCUAACUUGUAACUUCUAUUUAAAAUAAUACGUUGUUUAAGAAGCUGUCUUGACUUUGACAAAUGAGGGUAGUGUUGUUUUCAAGAGAGAGAAAAAAAAACGAGGGUGGGGGUGGGGGUUUGGGGGGGGGCAUUCUGUGUGAUUUUUACACUCUGCUACAGAGAAGUGCAGUGAGAAGAGAUUUAUUUAUACAGAAAGGGUCUCUUUAACAACAACAACAACAAAAAAGGUCAGUGUUGAUCUUUACAGGUUUAUCUUAUAAAAAGCACCAAGAAUUUGUACUGUGCCAAAUGUUAUAAAUGCAAUAAAAGAUUUCUUUUUGGAGUAAAAAAAAAACAUAAAAGUCUUAGAGAGACGUGGAUUUUUUUUUUCUAUAGUUGGCCUGGUGUGUACAUUCUGUACUGUAAAGAUCAGCCAGUUGCUGUAGAUACUGCAGCAAGAUGCUGCGGUGAGCCUUUUUUUUUUUUUUUUUAACCGUGUGAGCGCUGAAGCAGUCCGACGCGGUGAAUAACGGCGCGGCGUCCGCCAUCAUAACAUGAGGGGGGGUAGGGUGCUCAAAGGGUAUUUAUUGAUAGAACAUAUGCAUUGCAAUGGAAGGUUAAAAAAAAAAAACAGGUGGCACGGUGGUCAAGUGGUUAGCGUGCGGACCUCACAGCUAGGAGACCCAAGUUCAAUUCCACCAUGUGGAGUUUGCAUGUUCUCCUCGUGCAUUGCAAUGGAAGGUUAAAAAAAAAAAAACUGGCGGCACGGUGGGCGAGUGGUUAGCGCGCAGGCCUCACAGCUAGGAGACCCGAGUUCAAUUCCACCCUCUGUGUGGAGUUUGCAUGUUCUCCCCGUGCAUGCGUGGGUUUUCUCCGGGUACUCCGGUUUCCUCCCACAUUCCAAAAACAUGCUAGGUUAAUUAGCCACUCCAAAUUGUCCAUAGGUAUGAAUGUGAGUGUGAAUGGUUGUUUGUCUAUAUGUGCCCUGUGAUUGGCUGGCCACCAGUCCAGGGUGUACCCCGCCUCUCGCCCCAAGAAGACAGCUGGGAUAGGCUCCAGCACCCUCCGCGACCCUUGUGAUGUUCUUUCAUGGGCUGCACGGUGGUCGAGUGGUUAGCGCGCAGGCCUCACAGCUAGGAGACCCAGGUUCAAUUCCACUCUCUGCCAUCUCUGUGUGGAGUUUACAUGUUCUCCUCGUGCAUUGCAAUGGAAGGUAAAAAAAAAAUUUUUUAAAGAAAAACAGGCGGCACGGUGUUCAAGUGGUUAGCGCUCAGACCUCACAGCUAGGAGACCCGAGUUCAAUUCCACCAUGUGGAGUUUGCAUGGGUUUUCUCCGGGUACUCCGGUUUCCUCCCACAUUCCAAAAAACAUGCUAGGUUAAUUAGCCACUCCAAAUUGUCCAUAGGUAUGAAUGUGAGUGUGAAUGGUUGUUUGUCUAUAUGUGCCCUGUGAUUGGCUGGCUGGCCACCAGUCCUCCCGCCCAAAGACCCUUGUGAGGAUGAGCGGUAGAAAAUGAAUGAAGAAAGAAAAACAAACAGCCCAGGGUGAAACGUUCAGGGCACCAGUGAUUUCAGUGAAAAAAAAAAAAUGAUGAGUUCAGGUGAAAUACGAACUUUGUGAAACGCCUCAUCUUGCACUUUACCAGAAACAUAUAGAUCCUCAUUUCACUUUUCAUUGCUCUGCCAGAUGUUGUGCCUUCAUCAAUCAACAUGGCGGGGGGGGGGGGGUUUAGGGUGACAAAUGCGUUCAGGUCUCGCCCGUUAACCGGGAAUUCUUCAUUUCUGACACAAUCGGCCAUCUUCAUCGUAACACCGUGUCACAAAUGAGUGCCUGACAAAGAGCGAUGACACGUGACAUGCGUGUGCGUCACACGACGACGACGUAAUCGCGGUUCGAUUUGAAGCGCACAUAAAACAUAAAACAUAAAACUGCUUGGCUUGUUUUAAGAACAACAAGCAUCAAACGAGGCGUCAAUCAUGUACACGGCAAUAGCACAAGUUUGCAUAACAGGGGACAGGUGAAGCGCAUUGGGGGCAG